AAUCCCAUCUUCAAACAUCUCUAAUCUGAACAGGAAGCUCCAGAACUUUUGCUUCUCUAAGAUUACCUCUCUCUCUCUCUCUCUCUCUCUCUCUAUAACCAAUCUCGUUGAACCAGUGGCCGCGCAGCGUAUUGCUUUCGAGCUGACCGACCGACGGAAUUCGGAGCUCGGCGUUUCCCCCGUCGGACACAAGUCGGGCGUAUCAUCAGGUAACAGGAAGUAGAAGAAGAAGAAGAGAGAUGGGUUCGGAGCGCAAUGACAGCGUCCCCGUCGCCGCCGAGGCGUGGCUCUGCGCCAAUAACUGCGGCUUCUGGGGCAACGCGGCCACCAUGGGCCUCUGCUCCAAGUGCUUCAGGGACUUGUGUCUCCGGGAGCAGCAUGCUGCCGCCGCCAAGGCUGCUGUGGAGAAGUCCCUCAGCCCCGAGACCACCCCGGCGGCCCCACAAGAAGGCAGGGGCAAGGAAACUGCGCAGGUCGGGGUCAGCAACGGGGCAUCGAGCUCGGAGUUGGCGCCUGCAAGCGGCGAACCGCAGUCGAAGGCCGCAAACAGGUGCGAGACGUGCAACAGGAAGGUUGGUCCGACGGGUUUCAAGUGCAAGUGCGGAUCCACGUUCUGCGGGGCUCACCGGUACCCGGAGAGCCACGGGUGCGGGUUCGACUUCAAGAGAUCGGGUCGGGACGCGAUCGCAAAGGCCAACCCUUUGAUCAAGGCGGACAAGGUGGACAGGAUCUGAAUGUGGUGAUUAAGGGACUGCAAGUAAAUAAUUCGGGUUUUGGAGUUAGUGGGAUUCAUGUUCUUUCUUUUUCCUAGUCGGAGCAAUUGCUCUUGGAAUGUUCUGCCUUCAUUUGUUGGUCCCGGAACGAUUGUUUGAAACAAUGCGAACGAAAACAGAGAUCUCGAGACAAAAACUGUUGAUGUA